AUGAAUGAUCAUCUUCUGUUCCAGCAACCAAGGGACCACCAAGGGGUCACCAAGGGACCACCAAGGGGUCACCAAGGCACCACCAAGGGUCACCAAGGGACCACCAAGGGGUCCCACCAAGGGACCACCAAGGGACCACCAAGGGACCACCCAAGGGACACCAAGGGUCACCAAGGACACCAAGGGUCACCAGGCACCAACCAAAGGGUCCACCAAGGGACCACCAAGGGGUCACCACAAGGGACCACCAAGGGACCACCAAGGGCCACCAAGGGGCACCAACCAGGUCACCAAGGGACCACCAAGGGGUCACACAAGGGACCACCAAGGGUCACCAAGGGACCACCAAGGGACCACCAAGGGGUCACCAAGGGACGCACCAAGGGACGGCACCAAGGACCACCAAGGGGAUCCACCAAAGGCACCAAGGACCACCAAGGGACCACCAAGGGGUCACCAAGGGACCACCAAAGGGACCACCAAGGGGUCACCAAAGGGCCACCAAGGGACCACCAAGGGGUCACCAAGGGACCACCAAGGGACCACCAAGGGGUCAACCAAGGGGCCACCAAGGGACCACCAAGGGACCACCAAGGGGCACCAAGGGACCACCAAGGGGUCACCAAAAGGGACCACCAAGAGGUCACCAAGGGACCACCAAGGGGUCACCAAGGGGUCACCAAGGGACCACCAAGGGGUCACCAAGGGGUCACCAAGGGACCACCAUGGGGUCACCAAGGGACCACCAAGGGGUCACCAAGGGACCACCAAGGGGUCACCAAGGGACCACCAAGGGGUCACCAAGGGGUCACCAAGGGACCACCAAGGGGUCAUCAAGGGGUCACCAAGAGACCACCAAGGGGUCACCAAGGGGUCACCAAGGGGACCAACCUUAGAAUAAUCAUUGAAUAA